CCUGUGUAGACUUACAGGAUCCGGGAGACGCUGCUGUAAUAACAGCAGGUGCAGCGUACAGUGAUUUCCGGAACUGAGGUAAAAGUACGCUACCCCUUUUCUCGGAUAUGGAUCAAAGGGAGACUCCAGGAAGGUCCUCCCCAAGCCAAAGGUUAAAAAGGGGGUACAAAAGCGCAAACAGAACACCUUCUCCCUUGAUCAGUGAACCUCAGGAAAUGAUGGGAAAAGCCCAUGAACUCUUCCAGCUCUGUGAUAAAGAGGAGAAAGGGUUAAUCACAAAGCGAGACCUACAGCGGUUGCAGAAUGAGUUACCCCUCACCCCGGAGCAGCUGGAAGCCGUGUUUGAUAGCCUGGAUCAGAGUAAUAAUGGCUACCUCACACCUGUGGAGUUCAGCCUGGGGCUUGGGAAGUUGCUUGGGGUCAGCCUCCCCCCAGAAGGAGAUGGAGGAGAGCAGUCUGUGCUGGAGGAGACCUUUGAAUCUGGGUGGUCGGAUGGGCCUGACGAUGAUGAUGCUGAGGAAAUGCUUUUCUACGCAACCAUGGAGCAACUGGGAGCUGCGAGAGUGUUCCAGGACCACAAAGAGGUCCGUGAUUUGUGGAACCGUUUACGAAAGGAGCGUCCAGAGCUCCUGGGUAACUUUGAGGACUUCCUCUACCGCGUAUCUUCUUAUAUCCGUGAUGUGCAUCAUGAGAAAGAGACCCUGGAGCAGGCUCUGAAACGGAAGGAAAUUGAUCAUGGACGGGAAGUCAGGUGUCUAUAUGAGGAGAUGGAGCAGCAGAUCAAAGUAGAAAGAGAACGACUUCUCAGAAAGGGCUCUAGCAAGCAUCAAGACAGACACACAGCUCUGCAGAGAGAGCUGGCAAGGAAGGAACAAGAGCUUGAUUGUAUUGUUCUGCGACAGAAACAGCUGGAAAAACAGCUGCAUUCAAUCAACAGUGAGCAGCUUGAAACUCGAGUGCAAAAUGACCGCCUAAAGCAACUCAAUGAAGACCUCAUCGAACAACUGGAGAAAACCAAAGGUGACCUGGAGAAGGCGCAAACCAACCUGCAGCAACUGCGUAUGCAAGAGCAAGAGGAACAAGAGCGCAAGAAAAAGGAUGUGUUUAAAGUUUCUAAGAAUAUGCAGAAGGAAAAACAGAGCCUCAUGCGGCAACUGGAACUACUCCGAGAAAUGAACAAGACGUUUCGGGAUGAAAAGGAUGUGUUUGAAGCAAAGAAAUUGGCAGCUCUUAAGAAGAGCCUUGCUGAGCCGGUCUCAUUGCCUGGCUACUGUUGCUGUUCUCAUUCUGUUGCGUCAUUACCCUGGAACACCGGCCAUUCAUGCAAGGAACAGAUAUAGGACUAGGUCUUUCUUAAUUCAAGUUGGAGCAAUCUUUAUACAUAGAGUGUGUUUUCUUAGAGUCUUUUUAUCCUUUCCCAAGGGAGAGACAUCUCUCACCUUCAUACAUCUUGACAGGCUUGAAAGUAUUUUAUGCGAUAUAUUUCUACUAAUGUGACUGUAUAUAAUUAUGUACAUAUAUAUGUGUGUGCCAGUGCUAAUGCAUUUAUUUGUAUAUAUGAGAUAUAUAUACCAUA